UCUCCACGACCCGUAGUGACCCAUCACUAAGCACCAUGAAAGCCUUCGUAGCGUGCAUAGCCCUGGCUUUGGUAGCGUGCGCCCGCGGUGAGGCGCCCGGCGGCUACAACUACAACCGCCCGUCCGGCGGCAUCAGCGGUGGCUUCUCCGGCGGCAUCGGCGGCGGCAUCGGCGGCGGCGGCGGCUACCGCGCCGUCUCCUCCGGCUACCAGACCUCCGAGGGACAGAACGUUGACCCCCAGCUCCUUGAGCAAGUCCGCCAGAUCCUCCUUAAGGAAGAAGCCUCCUCCGGCUCCGGAUUCGGCGGCGGUUUCGGCGGCGGCCACGGCGGCCACAGCGCUCCCUCAUCCUCUUACGGAGCCCCAUCCUCCUCCUACGGUGCCCCCUCCACCUCAUACGGAGUCCCCUCCGCCCGCGUCGUAGGCAUCAACCUUGAAGGAGUCCGUCAGGCCAUCCAGGUCGCCCAGUUCGAGCAGUCCGGCGGUUCCUCCGGCGGAUACCCCUCGGGACCUUCCUCCUCCUACGGCGCUCCCGCCCAGGCCCCCUCCGGCAGCUACGGCGCCCCCUACUAAGUUUAAACCUAUAUUCCGGACACAAAUUUCCAGAUUGCAGUCUAGAAGUGCUGCGUCCGGAUGAGACUUAUUCGGGCGCGUCCGUAACAUCCCCGGGCCAGUCCGAAUGUUAAACCAAUUUGGCCGGCAGCCACGUACAAUGUAGGUGAUGUCGACCCGCCGCAUGCGACCCGCGGCCAACGCUUGCGACUAUGCACGUACACGGGUUUUAGCGCGCAGCGACCAGCCAGGCGUCGUGACUCCCCCGCUGCUGUCAGGGUGACACCUGUCAGAUGUCCCCCUGACAGAAGCGCGGUGGCGCCAAAAAGACGAAGUGGCUAGCCGCUGGGCUCGGCUCCUGUUUUGUAUAAAGUUUAUCAUAAGAUUAGCUUAAUUUAUGCAAUAAGUUUUUAUGU